GGCUCACUUUUGAAGGUGGGAAAAUUCAGUGGUGGUGGUGGUGUGUGUUGGUUUCCUUUGCUGUUGUUGGAGCCUCUAAUCAAAUGCAAGGUGAUGACAAGAAAUUGGAGGUCCAUGCCAACUGCCCUCAGCUCUAAGAGCUAAAGAAGUUCCAGCCCACGGUUGCUCUAACCGGUCUCCAGAUCUGAUUUAGCACAGGUGCCCCCUAGAUGGUCUCCUUCUUCCCUCCACCCCUUCCCUCCCUCCCUUCCAUAGUCAGCCUGCCCUUUGCCCCGGUGCAGAAUCUGCCGUUUUCUUAGGCAACAAAGUUUGGGGAGAAGAAGAAGGGGAAAGAGCACAGAGAACAGGAGCGACGUUUUGGAAACACCACAUUAGAACCCCAGCUUCUCCCAGAAGUACAUCCAAAUAAGCCCUUGGCUGUGUCCUGGCUGUCCCCGCCAGGCUUCUUUCUAUGUUUGCUUUGUUAACUAUGAAUCUGGAGCCUCAUCUCCUUUCAGUCCGUGUUUGUGAGCAGCCGUCUCCAUCCUAUUUUCUCCCAUCCCAGGGCUGUAGUAGAAUUUCAAGAACAUGGCUGGAUGGUGUUAAAAAAAAAAAAAAAAAAAAAGGCAGGGAAGGCUUCAGGAAAGGGCAGCCGGUGAAGGAAUCCUCGACACAGGGAGAGCACAAAGAGUGUGAUGAAGCUCUAACUGGGGAAGUUGUGAGAUAUCUUUGGGAACGCCACGGUUAGGUCACUAAAAGGGAAUGCAAAGGAAUGGUCUGUCGGUCAGGAGGCAUGCGGGUGUGCAAACUGCAGUGUAUAACUGGAGACGUCAAGGAGAAGAAUGUUCUGUCUUGUGGUUGAGCAAUCGAGGCAUCAGAUGAUCAAGACUGAGGCGGCUAAGGUCUAUGUAAAGGUCAUCUAUAAUUUUCUAAUCAAAGCUGCAACCCUGGUUGUAAUGGAAGAUUUUUAAGUUAAAAUAGAGAGCGGAAUUAUUGAAGACUUUAAAACUCUGUAAGAGUAAGUUAACUAAUUUACUCAAGGAGUUCUUGGCUUCAUUAGGGUUGACAGUGUUUCUGAGAACUAUCGAACAUGGAAAAUUUCUGUUGAGUGACUCCAUUUUAUUUUUGGAAAAUAGCAAUAGUUGCUCAUACCCUUACAAUUCAUUAUUAGCAAAUAUUAGCCUUGCUUGUUUUAGCUUUCAAUCUUUUUGAGUUUUGAAAAUAGACAUUUAUUUAUAGGCAAGUUUGUAUAGGCAUCAUUGGAAACUUAACAUCAUUCUCUUUUUUUCUUCGAAUGUAACUACUGUUACAGAUUUGGUGUCUUUUCAGUCCAUUUUUAAAAUUAUGUAUUUUGUUUUGUUUUGGGGACAGGUCUCACUGUGUAGUCCUGGCUGGCCUGGAACUCACAAUAUAGACCAGGAUAGCCCUGAAUUCACAGAGAUCUCCCUGCUUUUACCUCCCAAGUUCAGGCAUGUGCACACAGAAGUGGAACUGCCAGCUUGUUCUGAUCCAAGUUCAUAAGGAAUCGACAGUAGCCUUCCUUGAAGAACUGCCUCUUCUGUUUGCGGCCUGGAGUUAACAUUGUUUCCUGCUGGCAGAAUCAGGGACAUGCCAGCACUAGCGGGAUGAGUGGGCGUGCCGGCGGGGAUGUGGUCACUGACGGCCAAUGAGGACGCGAGUGCUACUACGGCCCACUUCUUCCUCGGAGCCGGAGAUGAGGGCUUGGGCGCCUGUGGAAUAGGCAUGAGGAUGGAAGAGAGUGACAGUGAGCUCCUUGAGGACGAGGAGGAUGAAGUGCCUCCUGAACCUCAAAUUAUUGUUGGCAUCUGUGCCAUGACCAAGAAAUCUAAGUCCAAGCCGAUGACCCAAAUCCUAGAGCGACUCUGCAGGUUUGACUACCUGACUGUUGUCAUCCUGGGAGAAGAUGUCAUCCUCAACGAACCCGUGGAGAACUGGCCAUCCUGCCACUGUCUCAUCUCCUUCCACUCCAAAGGCUUUCCUCUGGACAAAGCUGUUGCUUACUCCAAGCUUCGAAACCCCUUCCUUAUCAAUGAUCUGGCCAUGCAGUAUUACAUCCAAGAUAGGAGGGAGGUGUACCGGAUCCUGCAGGAGGAAGGUAUCGAUCUGCCGAGAUACGCUGUACUCAACCGUGACCCCGCCUGUCCUGAGGAGUGCAACCUGAUAGAAGGAGAAGACCAGGUGGAGGUCAACGGAGCUGUCUUCCCCAAGCCCUUUGUGGAGAAGCCAGUGAGUGCAGAGGACCACAAUGUUUACAUCUACUACCCCAGCUCUGCCGGGGGAGGAAGCCAGCGCCUCUUCCGGAAGAUUGGCAGCCGGAGCAGUGUCUACUCCCCCGAGAGCAGCGUCCGGAAGACAGGGUCAUACAUCUAUGAGGAGUUCAUGCCAACAGAUGGCACAGAUGUUAAGGUGUAUACAGUGGGGCCAGAUUAUGCCCAUGCUGAAGCGAGAAAGUCUCCAGCUUUGGAUGGGAAGGUGGAACGAGACAGUGAGGGGAAAGAGAUUCGCUAUCCAGUCAUGUUGACGGCCAUGGAAAAGCUGGUGGCCAGGAAGGUCUGCGUGGCUUUUAAGCAAACAGUUUGUGGAUUCGACCUUCUUCGUGCCAACGGUCACUCCUUUGUGUGCGACGUCAAUGGCUUUAGCUUUGUCAAGAACUCGAUGAAAUAUUAUGAUGAUUGUGCCAAGAUUCUGGGGAACACCAUUAUGCGGGAACUUGCGCCACAGUUCCAGAUACCAUGGUCCAUCCCCACAGAAGCCGAGGACAUUCCCAUUGUCCCUACCACGUCUGGCACCAUGAUGGAGCUCCGCUGUGUCAUCGCGAUUAUCCGUCACGGAGAUCGCACCCCAAAGCAGAAGAUGAAGAUGGAGGUGACGCACCCGAGGUUUUUUGCUCUAUUUGAAAAACAUGGUGGAUACAAGACGGGAAAAUUAAAACUUAAGCGACCUGAGCAGCUCCAGGAGGUGCUGGACAUUACGAGGCUGCUGCUGACUGAACUGGAGAAGGAACCAGGCAUUGAGAUUGAGGAGAAGACGGGAAAACUGGAGCAGCUGAAGUCCGUGCUGGAGAUGUAUGGUCACUUCUCAGGUAUCAAUCGGAAGGUGCAGCUGACUUACUACCCCCACGGAGUGAAGGCUUCGAACGAGGGCCAAGAUCCACAGAGAGAAGCCCUGGCACCAUCUCUCUUGCUGGUACUGAAGUGGGGCGGAGAGCUGACUCCUGAUGGCCGUGUGCAGGCCGAGGAGCUGGGGCGAGCCUUUCGCUGCAUGUACCCCGGGGGCCAGGGUGACUAUGCGGGCUUCCCUGGCUGUGGGCUGCUCCGUCUCCACAGCACUUUCCGACACGACCUCAAGAUCUACGCGUCUGACGAGGGUCGCGUCCAGAUGACUGCCGCCGCCUUUGCGAAGGGCCUCCUGGCUCUAGAAGGGGAGCUCACACCCAUUUUGGUGCAAAUGGUGAAGAGUGCCAACAUGAAUGGGCUGCUGGACAGCGACAGCGACUCUCUUAGCAGCUGCCAGCACCGGGUGAAGGCGCGGCUGCACCACAUCCUGCAGCAGGACGCCCCCUUCGGCCCCGAGGACUAUGACCAGCUGGCCCCCACUGGCAGUGCGUCUCUGCUCAACUCCAUGUCUAAAAUCCAGAAUCCCGUGAAGGUCUGUGAUCAGGUGUUCGCCCUGAUUGAAAACCUUACCCACCAGAUCCGGGAGCGGAUGCAGGACCCCAGCUCCGUAGACCUGCAACUCUACCACAGUGAGACACUAGAGCUAAUGCUGCAGCGUUGGAGCAAACUAGAGCGCGACUUUCGACAGAAGAGCGGCCGCUAUGACAUCAGCAAGAUCCCUGAUAUCUACGACUGUGUCAAGUACGAUGUACAACACAAUGGAAGUCUGGGACUUCAAGGCACAGCCGAGUUGCUGCAUCUUUCAAAAGCUCUGGCCGAUGUGGUCAUCCCGCAGGAGUAUGGGAUCAGUCGAGAGGAGAAAAUGGAAAUUGCUGUAGGCUUCUGUCUGCCACUGCUGCGGAAAAUCCUCCUUGACCUGCAGAGAACCCACGAGGAUGAGUCUGUCAACAAGCUGCAUCCCCUGUACUCCCGCGGGGUGCUCUCUCCAGGCCGCCAUGUUCGGACACGUCUCUAUUUCACCAGUGAGAGUCACGUUCACUCCCUACUCAGUGUCUUCCGUUAUGGGGGACUUCUUGAUGAGACCCAGGAUGCACAAUGGCAGCGAGCUUUGGCUUAUCUUAGUGCCAUCUCAGAGCUCAACUACAUGACCCAGAUUGUUAUCAUGCUCUAUGAGGACAACACGCGGGACCCGUUGUCGGAGGAGCGGUUCCACGUGGAGCUGCAUUUCAGCCCUGGGGUGAAAGGUGUCGAAGAAGGCAGUGCCCCGGCUGGCUGCGGAUUCCGUCCAGCCUCCUCGGAGAACGAGGAGAUGAAAGCAGAUCAAGGCAGCAUAGAGAACCUAUGCCCGGGGAAGGCCGCAGAUGAACCCGACCGAGCAUUGCAGACCUCACCCCAGCCUGUCGAGGGCACUGGCCUCCCAAGGAGAUCACCCCUCAUUAGGAAUCGAAAAGCCGGCUCCAUGGAGGUCAUGAACAUGCAGUGCACGGGGAACCUGGACCUGAUCCCCUUGAGGGGACGGCGCCGCAGGAGGUCAGGAGACCUCCCCAGGCUUUCCCCAGCCAUCGGCCUACAGCCCCGGGCUGUGUCCACCACUCACCUGGCUUCCUGCACACAGGUGCUGUCUGAAACUUCAUCUUCGAGACCUGGUGGCUACCGGCUGUUUUCAUCUUCACGGCCACCAACCGAGAUGAAGCAGAGCGGCCUCGGCUCACAGUGCACAGGGCUGUUCAGCACCACAGUGCUGGGUGGCUCCUCCAGCGCUCCGAAUCUUCAGGACUACGCCCGCAGCCAUGGCAAAAAGCUCCCGCCUGCCAGUCUAAAGCACCGAGAUGAGCUCUUGUCUGUCCCGGCCGUAAAACGAUUUUCUGUGUCGUUUGCAAAGCAUCCGACUAACGAGCUGCUGGAUGACCAGCACCCUGUGGUCCGGUUGCUGCGCACUUUUUCCUCUGACUGCCCGAGGGGCUGGCCCGUCUCCUUGGACGCCACGCUGGCGCACCACCUGCACCAGUGCUCCUACCACCUGCGCCUCUUCCGGAACUGGCUGCGCUCAGGCCAGGAUGACCCCGAGUGCCUCUACGGAUUUGAAGGGUGCUCCAUGGUACCUACCAUCUACCCCCUGGAAACACUACAUAAUGCCCUUUCCUUGCGUCAAGUGAGUGAAUUCUUGACCAAAGUCUGCCAGCGCCACACUGAUGCCCAUGCACAGGCAUCUGCAGCCCUCUUUGACUGUAUGCACAGCAACCAGGCCUCAGAUGGCCCGUUCUCCCCACCCCGUGCUCUUCACUCACCGCCCCUGCAGCUUCGGCAUCGCUCUGAAAAGCCACCUUGGUAUAGCAGUGGUCCCUCCAGCACCGUGUCCAGCGCUGGCCCUUCCUCUCCUACCGCAGCGGAUGGAAACUCACACUUUGGCUUCAGUGAUCAGUCCUCUGUAAAUACACAUAUGACUGAAGAAAACCAAGGCCUUGGGUUGCUCCAGGGGCCUCCUGGAGAUGGAACACAAGAGUUCCCCGUGGAAAGACAGCAAGAGCUUGUUGAGCCAAAUCAGUCCCCUCAAGAGCCCCCUGUAGAAGUCAGCCCUCUAGGAGGUCAAGAUGUUGCCGAGGUCAGCCAGACAUGCCAGGAGGUCCCCGACACCACUCAGACAUGCCAUGACAUCCUUGAGGAGGUCGGCCAGCCUAACCAGGAGGUCCCUGACAUCAGCCAGCUGUUCCUGAAGAACCGUGACACUGCUGCCAACGCAUGUCAGCCGUGCCAGAAAGUUCAUGAGGAAGUUUGCCAAUGUUUUCAAGACAACCCUGAGGAGAGUGACCAGCUGUGCCAAGAGGCCCAUGGAUCCCCUGUGGGGGUUGGUAGCAUGGUCCAGGAAACCUUUAUGGAAAUUGGCAGGCCAACCCAAGAGAUCCCUGAAGAGAUCAGCCCACCACGCCAGGAGUUCUCUGUGGAGGUUGGCAUGCUGGCUCAGGAGGUUCCUGCCAUCAUCGAGUUGUCUCAAGACAUCCCCGAGACUGACAAACCAUCCCCGGAGCUCACUGAGGAGACUGGUCUGCAGGCUCAGGAGGUCUCUGAGGAGACUGACGAGGACUCCAGGAUGGUCCCUGAGGUGGUUGAUGAGCUGCCUAGUGAGGAGAUCCCCCAAGGCCAGGGUCUGUCUAGCGAUGGAAACACGGAAAGCCAGUCCCUGGCCCAUGCCCAGCACUCAUCCCCCACCAGCGAUGUGUAACUAGCCGCUCUCUCAUUUGAUGUCACUCUGUCAGCCAUUUGAGCCAGGACCUUUCUGCUGGCUAACACUAGCCAGAGCAGGGCCUGGGCUCCCACCAGGGGUAUCUGAGGAAGCAGGCCUGCUGGCAUGAAACGUACUUCUGCCAGAGCUUAUGCCUAAGCAAGAGCCGGUUUAUGUUCAGAGCAGCUGCUAGCUCUUCACUUAGCCAUGGGGUGGGAAAUCGUAGAUUGUUCUAGGAAAUACCACUUAACUGUUGAAGAUGCCGUUGAGGAGACAGCAGAUAUAAAAUGCAAGGCAGCAGGCUCUCACUUGUUGAAGGAAAUAGUCACAACCUCUUAAGGUACCCUCAGACCAUAUGUGCAUUAAAGGAAGCCCUUGUCUUCACUGUCACAGGCAGACCCAGGAUAGCCACCUGAAAUGUCUGCAAAAUAGAGUUCCCUUCUCACAAACAUCUGUCAUGGCCACUCACGGUUUAGGCUGGGCUUAUGGGUAUUUCCAUAUAAUUGCCAAGUGCUCCCUCUGCCCUAGUCCUGUUCCUCUGGAGAGUGACUCUAGAGAAAAAUAGAUAAUAGAUUGCCAUGCAACUUCAGAGUGACUACUUAGAAUGCUCUGGGAGAUUUGGAUCAACCUAUGAAGCUAGGCCUCCUUUGUCGAGAGGCUCUUGGGCUUAGAAGACGCUGUAGUAGAGAGAAUCGAGUUCUAUUUUAAGCAGUUAGCAGAGAUCAAUGUUGUACAGACAUGAGCAAAGAUUUAAUAUAUAUAUAUAUUAUAUAUAUAUAUAAACAUAUAUAUUUCUGUAGUUUGCCAGGGACAGACUGGCCAAAGAUCAAACACUCCAGGGUCCCCAAAAGGUUUAUCCUUCUAUCAUGUGUCUUUAGAACCGUAUGUGAUUAUGAAGCUUUUCCCAAAGAUCACGGAUGGGAGUGGGUGUGGGUAAUGCAGUCAUUGGAGUUGGGGGCCGGAACAUCGCAAGUGCUCAAUAAAUAGUAAAUAUUGAGAACA